UGAAUUAGUACGGACUAAAAUAACCCAACAAAUCGAGCUGUCGUUCGAGAUAUCCGUAGUUUACUCAGCGACUUUUAUACCGGCGAAUGAUUGGUUCUGUUAAGUAGGGAAUACUUAUACCCAACUAGGUAGUCGAAUUGAAAGCACUAGUCGACAACAACGACACAACUUGUUGAUUCAAUUCAGUUUUGGUACGCGAGUUAGCCGGUAAUCUCGGGUUUUUUCGACGAAUUUACAGUAUUUCAACACAAUCAUGUCCAACUACCAUAAACUGGAAGCCAAAGUCGUUCAAGAACUUAGAGACAUCGCUAACAAAAUAAGAAUCCACUCAAUCACCUCAACUCAAGCUGCUAAAUCUGGACAUCCGACGUCAUGUUCAUCGAUUGCCGAAAUCCUGUCUGUCCUCUUCUUCCAUACGAUGCGUUACAAAGUUUCUGCCCCAAGGGAUCCAUCAAGCGAUAGGUUCGUCUUAUCCAAAGGGCAUGCUGCGCCUGCGCUGUACGCGGCUUGGGCAGAAGCUGGACUUUUUCCAGCAGCCGAUUUGAAAAAUUUGAGAAAAAUAGAUUCGGAUCUAGAGGGCCAUCCUACUCCAAGAUUGAGUUUUAUCGACGUAGGAACUGGAUCCUUGGGACAAGGUCUGGCUAUUGCCGGAGGAAUGGCCUUUGUUGGGAAGAAUUAUGAUAAAGCUAGCUACAGGGUAUAUUGUUUGAUUGGUGAUGGUGAAAGUGCCGAAGGUUCGAUUUGGGAGUCAAUUCAUUUUGCGAGUUACUACAAGUUGGAUAACCUCUGCAUUAUUUUUGACGUAAACCGUUUGGGGCAAUCGCAAGAAACAUCAAUGGGUCACGACGUUGACUCCUACCGCAAGCGUUUGGAGGCCUUUGGAGUUCAAGCGAUCGUGGUUGAUGGACAUGACAUUGAAGAACUCGUUAAAGCUUUACAUACAGCCGCUACUACUAAAGGAAAACCCACCGCAAUCGUCGCUAAAACUUUGAAGGGCAAAAAUUUCCCCAAGGUCGAAAAUUUGGACAAUUGGCACGGAAAACCUUUAGGGGCUGAAUCAGAUAGGAUUGUUGAACAUUUGAAAUCGUUGAUCAAAAAUCAGGGUCCACCGCAAAUUCAUCCACAAAAACCACUGAAAGAUGACGCUCCAGUGGUUAACAUCUCGAACAUUCAGCUUUCAUCCCCACCAAAUUACAAAAUUGGAGAAGCCAUCGCAACGCGAGUCGCUUACGGCACGGCAUUGGUCAAAAUUGCUCAAAACAAUCCUCGCGUAAUCGCUUUGGACGGUGAUAUGAAAAACUCCACAUUUUCCGAAAAUUUAAAGAAGUACGACUCUUCGAGGUACAUCGAGUGCUUUAUUGCCGAACAGAGUUUAGUCGGGACGGCAAUUGGAGCAGCGUGCAGGGAUAGAACCGUGCCUUUUGUUUCAACAUUUGCUUGUUUCUUAACGAGAGCUUUUGAUCAAAUCCGAAUGGGAGCAAUUUCUCAAAGCAACGUUAAUUUUGUUGGAUCUCAUUGUGGAGUUAGUAUUGGAGAAGAUGGUCCAAGUCAGAUGGGAUUGGAAGAUCUUGCAUUAUUCAGGUCCAUUAAUGGAAGUACCAUAUUUUAUCCUGCAGAUGCAGUCGCAACCGAAAGGGCGAUAGAACUGGCGGCUAAUACCAAAGGAAUUACUUUCACAAGAGUGAACCGUCCCACCACUGCCGUGAUAUAUCCUAACGAUUUCGUUUUCGCCGUCGGCAAAGCCAACGUUAUUCAAAAAUCUCAAAAGGAUCAAGUAGUUUUAAUCGGGGGUGGUAUAACCAUCCAGGAAGCCCUAACUGCUGCAAAGGAAUUAGCAAAAGCUGGAAUUGGAGCUAGAGUUAUCGACCCGUUCACUGUGAAACCAUUAGAUAAGGAGACCAUCAUCAAAAAUAUUAAAGAAGUUGGUGGUAGAGCCGUGGUAGUUGAGGAUCAUUACUACGAAGGUGGUUUGGGAGAUGCAGUAUUCGCGGCUACAGCUUUGGAAAGAAACAUCAUCAUUAAACAUUUGGCGAUCGGAGAAUUACCCAGAUCCGGACCGCCCAAUGCCCUCCUGGAUUUGUAUGGUAUAUCCGCAAAACACAUUGUUAUCGCGGCACAAGAAAUUUUAAAGUUGUGAAGUAGUUAUCGGAAUAUUAUUUAAAUCCAAUUUAAUAACAUUCCUUAAAAUAUGUAUAUGUAUGGAAUAAAAUUCAUUCAUGUUCAAAAAAUCGUGUAAUAAAAA